AUGAUCAAUGCCCGUUCGGAGACUCUCUCGGAAAAACCCUCCUUCCGAAACGCCUACAAACGCAGACGAUGUCUUGUUUUGGCGGAUGGCUACUAUGAAUGGAGAAAGAUACCCGGGGACAGGCUCAAACAACCGGUGUACAUUCGUCUCAAAUCUCAGAAGCCGUUCGCACUCGCAGGGUUAUGGGAGGUCUGGCAGACAGAGGAUAUGAAUGAACCGCUCCGCUCCUGCACUAUUAUUACAUGUCCCCCUAACGCUUUGUUAGAGGAGAUUCAUCAUAGAAUGCCUGUGAUUCUACCUCAAGACGCUUACGCGGGGUGGCUUUCGCCGGAUGAACAAUCGGCAGAUACGCUUCAGCCACUCCUUGUUCCCUAUCCUGAUGAGGAGAUGGAGGCGUACCCGGUAUCAAGAUUCGUCAAUCGUCCUACGAAUGACUCGCCGGAGUGUACAGCACCGUUUGGGAUUCCACAGUUCUUGAACUAA